AUGACACGAAUAGAUUUCCUAGUACGAUGAAUAAGAAUCAUGAGUAGUGUGACUUAGUGAGAAGGAUGAGGUGCUUCACUUCUUCUUGUUCUCGCUCCUCAACACCCCUAUUCUCUUCUACCAUUCCCACAUCUUCUUCAUCUUCCUACUCUCUCUCUCUACUUUCCAAUCCAACCUUCGCCGCUUCUGUGCCAGAGAAAAAGUAUCCAGUUUUACGUGCUCAAUAUCUCGAUUACAAGAGCACUGAGCCAAAAUUAAUCGAUUCGAUGGAGUCGGGAGAAGAUUCGGGUUUGAAAAGAGAGCCUUACUCAGUUAUAGAGCCUUACAGUUCAGGGUUUUUGAAGGUUUCGGAUCUUCAUACUAUUUAUUGGGAACAAUCUGGGAAUCCAGAUGGGCAUCCUGUUGUAUUUCUUCAUGGUGGUCCUGGAGGAGGAACUUCACCUACCAAUAGAAGAUUUUUUGAUCCCGAAUUUUAUCGAAUCAUUUUGUUUGAUCAACGUGGUGCAGGAAAGAGUACACCCCAUGCUUGUUUGAAAGAAAACACCACGUGGGAUCUCAUUGAUGAUAUUGAAAAGCUUAGGGAACACUUGAAAAUCACAGAAUGGCAGGUUUUUGGUGGGUCAUGGGGAAGUACACUUGCCCUUGCUUAUAGUCAAUCGCACCCAGAUAAGGUCACUGGACUGGUCCUUAGAGGGAUCUUUCUUCUUAGAAACAAAGAGAUUGAUUGGUUUUAUGAGGGUGGUGCUGCUGCUAUUUAUCCUGAUGCUUGGGAACCAUUUAGAGAUCUUAUUCCAGAGAACGAGAGAAAAUGUUUUAUAGAUGCUUACGGCAAGAGACUAAAUUCUGAUGACUUGGAAACACAACAUGCAGCUGCUAGGGCAUGGACCAAAUGGGAAAUGAUGACUGCCCAUCUUAUUCCAAAUGAUGACAACAUCAAGAAAGGAGACGAUGAUAAUUUUUCAUUGGCAUUUGCAAGGAUUGAAAAUCAUUAUUUUUCCAACAAGGGAUUCUUUCCUUCAGAUUCAUACCUGUUGGAAAACAUUGAUAAGAUACGGCAUAUAGACGCCACAAUUGUUCAGGGAAGAUAUGAUGUUGUCUGUCCUAUGAUGUCAGCUUGGGAUCUCCACAAAGUGUGGCCAGAGGCAGAUUUUAAGGUUGUGCCAGAUGCUGGUCACUCUGCUAAUGAAUUGGGAAUAGCGGCAGAACUUGUAGCUGCCAAUGAAAGGCUGAAAAAUGCAAUCAAGGGUGAAAGAUGAGAGGAUUAACGCCAUAAUGCAAGCGCAUAUAUGCUUUGAAUAAGUUGAAGCUAGUUGUUAUUGAGUAUAUAUGCAACUACUGCAAUGCCAAUUUCUUUCUAUGAAUUGAACAAUGCACCCUGAUGCCGUUUUUCAUCUAAA